UUGAAAGCUUGAGGCGGGGCUUGAACAUUAGCCGCAGUGGAAGCAGAGGCCGGUGUUGAAGGGCACAUUGUGUGUGUGUGGCUGCUCGGAGAAAUAAAGUUAUUAGUCAUGGGUGGACACGACUCAGGAACUCACCAUCAAUUCACUGGCAUCCAGAAAUACUUCAAUGCAUAUACAAUAACAGGGAGAAGGAAUUGUGUGUUAGCCACAUAUGCAGGAAUUGCGGCCCUCAUCCUUUUCUUUAAACUGAAGCCCAAGAAACAUACUCCGGCCAUAACAGACAAAUAAUGGGUUCUUGGUUCUGCAAUCAAAAUGUGAUAGAUUCCUCCUUCCAAAUAAGAAGACAUUGAUUUGUAUUGUUUAUUUACAAAAUAUCAAUUAUAGAUAAAAACUGUACAAAAACAAGCAGUGAUUCCUCUCAUUUACAGUUAAGCAUCACACAGUCUGUUGGAGGUAUAUAAUUAAAUGUAUUCCACUGUCA